GCCCGGAAAAUGCGGUGGACAGAUGAUGAUCAUCGUGAUCCCAAAUUUCGACACGAACACGUUUUGCAAAAUUUUGAUCGCAUUUAAUCAUGAAACUAUCGCGGAGGGGAAGAAAGGAGCCGAUAAUGAAGUAGAAUGAUUCCGUGGACGGGUUGUUGGUGCCGUAAUUAGCCGAAGAAGGAAGGACAAUCAUCGUGGAUGGAAUCAAAACGAGGAUGUUGCGCGCACGCGUACAUGCAGUCGAAUGACACCCGGGAGGACGACUUCCGGUACGAAUUCUUAAACGCGAGCCAGAAGCAGGGCUGCGAUCUGAGGAGAUGCAAGUACGCGAAAUUGCAAGCGGAAACCACGUUCUGCAACACUCAGAAGUUAUUGGACAAGAUUCAGAAGUUGAAGAAGAGCAUCCAGGACUUGGAGACCAGCCAGUCGCAAAAUAAAAACGAGAGAUACAGAAAGAAAGACGUUGUCAGUCAGACGAACGACCCGACUGUAACUGAUUUAAACAGCGCUCGACAGGUGUUGAACAACUGCAUGACAGAGAUCGGCAAGUUGAAGGACUUCCUCGACGAUGAGAACUGUUGGUGGAGGAUAUUCAAGAAGAUGGACUUCAGCUGCUGCGAGCAGAAGGCGCCGCAUCUUCACGGGCAUCUUGAUGGCACGAUGAUUACGUUGAAAUUGAUGGAGGAGGGUAAACAUUUUGUAGCUUCCACCCCGAGAUCAAGCGACCAUAAAGUGGUUCCUCCGAGAAUGUAUGUCGACGACGACUUCGACGAGUCGACGAAAUAUAUGAAGUUGUUCGAAAAGCCAAAGCAGAGCUUGCAAUUCGUAUCCUUACAAUCGAACGAUUCCUGCCAAAAACACUGUCCAGUCUCCUGCACUUCGCAUGACCAAACGACGAAAGAUGUGGCAACAGAGAAAACUGAUUUCGAGCAACGUCGCAGCAAUGCGGGAUUGUUCGAACCGUUUGUACGAAGGCUCAGUUCCACUGUGAAAAUACCACCGGAGAUGAAAGUCGAGAAGAGUUCCACGGAUCUAGGAAGGCGACCGAGACGAACGUUCAGCAGCGAAAAUGCGCCGACCAAGAAACUCAUUACAGUCGACACGAGCACAUCGAUGGACAUGUUAGAUGUUCUGUCCACUCUACCACGGCCUGAAAACUUCAACGCAGCGAACAUCCCGAAGAAGGGCGUGAGGUCGUUCAUGGUGCGAGCCUUCGCCUCGAGGCCGAGCAAGGCUUCGAAGAAGGACCAGCAACCCCCUGGUCAGAAACUGGAGUUCACGGAGUCGGAUGUUGAUGUACGGCAUUUAGAAUAAAAAUUUGUGAAAAAGAAAGA